AUGGCCACCGGCGCCGCAGAUGGAUUUCUCAGGCCAAUUUACGAGGGCAGUAUUUCCGGACACGACCACAGCGUGGAGCGUCGUCCUUACCAUCGCAAAUGCGGCUGUACGCUUCAUAGCAAAUCCAGAAAAAUAUCAUGCGUACAUAAAUCUCCAAUUUCUAACAGCAGAGUAAGGUAUCCUUUAAGAAGAGUAUGGAGUGAAGGGAAUUUGGCUUUGUCUGCUUCUGCUUAUUCUUCUCAUUCUCCUUCUCCUUCCACUUCUCCGGCUUCUCUUGGUGGUGUCAAAUCUCGACGAAGUUACGUGGAUCUUGAGAAUGAUGUUCAUCUCCAAAACCAAUUUGAUGAUAAAAUUUGUGGUUUGUUUGAGAUCAAUCAAUCAUUUUAA